UCCAGCAUGACAGAGCCCAGGCUCCGGAACAUAUGGGUAUCAUGUGUCAGCUGAUAUAUACACCCUUGGUCAGUGCUACCACCGUUACAACACCACAACACACCAUGGCGAUGUUUACUGCGCAAGCUGCCAAGCGACAGAAAACCUCAUCCCUCCGAGACGCCUCCAGUCGUGCCAACAUUCCAGAGGCUAACGAAUUUUUCCCUGCCUUAAGCAAAGUGGAGUACAAGCCUGAGGCAGGAGUGGAAGACACACUUAGUUAUCGCUACUACAACGCUACAGAGAGGGUUCAUGGCCGUCCCAUGGAGGAGUGGCUGAGACCAGCAGUGUCGUAUUGGCAGGCCUUCCACCUCCCCAGCACAUCUCACGGGUUCAGCUUCAAUGAGUCGACGUAUUCCAGGCCUUGGGACGAUGGAACUCAAACUUUAGAUUGUUACAAGAGGCGACUCAGAGCUGCAUUUGAAUUUUACUCCAAGUUAGGAGUUAAGCAUUGGACAGUGUGGGACAGACAGCUGGCUCCAGAAAGUGACUCUCAGGAGGAGUUCAGUCACAACCUGGACGAGAGUGUGGAGUUUGUCAACGAACUGCAACACCGAUCAGGAGUACGUCCCUUGUGGCUUGGCGUAGAUCUCUACUCCCAGCACAAGUACUUCAACGGAGCAGGCACCAGUUCGGACGCAGCGGUGGUCAGUGCUGCAGGCGCUCAGAUUAAGAAGGCGUUGGAGAUCGCUCAAAAGCUCGGAGCAGAGAACUUCCUGUUCCGAGGCGCGAGGGAGGGCUUUAGCUCAACACUCAACACCGACCACUCCCGUCAACUGCGCAACUAUGCCAGACUGCUGAAGAUGGCUGCAGAUUACAAAGACAGACUAGGCUACAGAGGUCAACUACUUUACGAGCCAAACUAUGAAGAUUGGUUCAACGACAGCAACUACGAUACAGAGCAGAAAACGUUCUUCCGUUACGAGUAUGACUCUACGAGCGCAAUCUGCUUCCUCAAACACUACGGGCUGGACCGGCAGUACAAGUUGAGUGUGAGGCCUGGACAUCAGCUGACUCUAGCGUCUGUCUACGGAGCUCUCGGAUCUGUCGACACGACCUUCACAACAACGCCUCCUCAUCUACCCGACACUGUGCUGCUGCUCAAAUCUGUGAUUGAGAACGGAGGACUACAGCCGGGAGGAAUCAACAUCGGGGUGAAGCUUCGUCCUGACUCUGUAGACCUCAAGGAUUUGGCCGUCGCUUACAUAUCUACCAUCGAUACUUACGCCAAGGCUUUGAGAGUUGCAGCUAAGAUCAUCGCUGAUGGAGUGUUCAUUAAAAAUUUGCAGCAACGCUACCUAACAUUUCACUCUGGCUUCGGCAGCCGAUUCAUGAAUGGAGAAGCAAGUUUGGAAGAAUGUGACGAAUACACUAGAAAACAAAACGGAGAAAACAUUCCAACAUCUGGACGUUCCGAACACUGGGAAGCUCUGUUUAACCGUUAUGUAGACUCUAGAUACUGAACAGGUGAUCACAGUAACAGCUGACUCAUCAGGAGAUACAACCUAUAGAGUAGAAUAAUGUAAAGUGGAUGGCACAAAAAUUGUCUGAAAGUCAUUGUAAUAGUUAUUGUAUUCUAUAGACCUUUGGCAACAAUUGUCAACUUUCAUCAGACCAUAUUCAAAGGUUCCUCUCAAGAAGCAUCAAUUUGAACAUGAUUAUUAUAACUAUUGGAUACUAGAGUAGACACUUCAUCUAUAUGGACCAUCUGGAGGAAAGUGUGUGUGUGUGUGUGUGUGUACUAAUGUAAAAUUCCGUAAUCUCUUAAUUGUUGAAACUUUGAUCAUUUAUGUGACAUAAAAGAUUAAAUAAAUUGAGUUUGUAACAAGUUGUCCAUUUGGUUUGGCUUGGCUUACAGUUUGUUGAAAUGACAGAGAUUAGUAUUUCAUGUUGUUAGCCUCCAAAUCACUUGUAGGAUAUAUAAUAGUAGUUUAAAUACUUAACUGCCAGAGUGAUUCUUGUAGUCCAGUCUAGGCUAUCGCAUUCAAUUUUCAAUGGGACAAGAUGUUAAUUUUCAAUCGGGUCACAAGGGGUCAAUUUUUGUUCAUUUAUUACACCAGUUUAUUAAUGAAACAGCAACACAUGAAAAUACACACACUAACACUAACGUUUGCAAAUAUGUGUGUAUAUGUGCGGAAACUUUGCUCCGUGUGAUGACCAACUAUUUUCAUCAUACUGUUGAAAUAAUCUUCUAAUCGUUAAAAACUUAGACCACCUAAUUUGAGGUCAUACCAAUGGGUUAAAAAUUGGGUUUUCCCAUUUUUUUUUCCAAAAAACAUUAAAUUUAGCAAUUUCUUUCCAAACCAUUUUGCUGAGCUUAAAAAAACAAAAUAAUUUAUUAUAUUGAAGCAUUAAUAUGCGCCUAAUGGAUAUGGAGAAAAUAAAAAAAAAAUUUAAAUUAAAAAUUCCCAUGUUAUUCUUAUAGAUAUAACUAGCUGGCCCGACAGACGUCGUCCUGUCCUAUGCUUUUAUGUCAAAUGCUUGUUUAUUUCAAGAUCCUGGUUGAAGUUCGUUCGCUACGCUCACUCACCUUUAGGUUGGAGCUCGUUUGCUGUGCUCACUUGCCUUCAGGUUGAAGUUCGUUCGCUACGCUCACUCACCUUUUGGUUGCAAAUUAGCUGUUGUUGUCAUAAAUUUAAAAAAUAUAAUUGUGCUGCACCCUGUUGGUAAACUUAUUAACUUUUAAUGCUAUUGAACAUCACAGAAUCAAAUUGCUUAGUUAAACCAGCUGUUAAUUUUCUUUAAUUCCAUUUUAAUUUGAGUACUCAUAAGGUUAACAUGGGAAACUCCAGAGCCACUGGGGCGGAGCCCUUUUGACGGAUCUGCACCAAACUUCACACAAACCAUCCUUGAAUAAUGCUUAAUAAUGCCUGAAAGUUUCAUUACAAUCUGUCGAGCGGUUUUGGAGUCCAUAAAGGACAAACAUACAAACAUACAUUGGAUUUUAUAUAUAUAGAUAAGUAAACUGUUGUAGUUUGCUUGUUUAUGAACAUACUUUGAUCAAAUUUGGAAAAUGCAUUUAUUUUUCUAAACUAUUAACAUUUUACAUUUUUUUAACUUUUUUACCCUCCCUGUUGCAGCAAACCUAAGUACUCGGUAAACUAAUUCUAUUUAAAUAGGGAAAAUGUGAUAUUUUUAAGGGAGACAAUUUAGUGUAGAUCCAAUCAGGCGUAUGGAAAUUUGCUUAGUCUGCAGGUUUGCUGCGGCAGUGGAAUUUUUUUAUUCGAUUGCACUCUAUUGAAAAAAUAGAGUUUUGUAUUUUGUUAGGAUAAUUGAAAGACUUAGUUGUUGAUAGCAUUUACUGAUCUCAUUUUUAGGUAGAAAAACACCUUUACAUAAAUAAUUGACAAUUUUAUUUAUAUUUAUAUUUAAUAUCAAUGCUGUAAAUCAUAGCGCGUUGAGUUUUUAAGUUGAACUGGUAAAAAAAGUGUUUUAGGCUUGUCAAUUUCACCAGAAAAUCGUAGAUUUUAGUCUACAAAUUCUAACAUGUUUUAAUGCCGCUAUUUUGCACAAUUGCAAAGAUGUUGGUUUUUAGCACCAUCAUUCUCUUAAUCUGCUACUUUUGCAUUUAUUUGAGAUUGUGGAUUCUGAGUGCCAUAAUGUCUUGUAUGUAAUAAAUAAAUGAAGUGAAUAAGGUUAUUCAUUUGUGAUUUUAUAAUUUUUAUUACUAUGCCUGAUUAUUAUCCGUGACCAUAAUACCAGUUAAUUAAAAUCUUAAAAAUAAUAUUCAUUAGAAUAACAAAAACUGAUUGUUUACUGUUAUUACUGUAUAACCAUUAACUAUUGGAAUAGUCAAAGUUAUAACUCUCUCUAUCUUCUGUACAAUGUUUAAUAACCAAACUAUUUACUUAUUUGUCAAUGUUACUUAUGUGGAAAUCUAUCACUACUUUAUUAAUAUAAACUUUUAAGCGCAGUGGUUGUUUGAUAAGAUUAAAAAUUUGAAAAAUCCUCAAUAACUGACAUAGUAUAAAAUUGUAUGAAAGAUAAAAUAACAUAGGUAAAAAAACUCAUUUUAAAAUGUUACUAUUUACUUUUAUUUAUUAUAAAACACAAUUUGAUCACAAUUUAACUCUUGUUUUUUACUAGUAUUAGAUUUCAUAAGUUAGUUUUAGUUGUUUUGUUACAUUAGUUUAUGGAUAUUUUAUAAACUUUGUUGUUAUAUAAAUAUUGAGGUUUUUAUUCAAGCUGUCAACUUUUUCUAUCACCAUGUAAGUAAAGUAAACCAAUACUUAUUCCCAGACAAUUGUCACACGGUUUUCAACUAUCUCCUUUGCCAUUGACUGAAAAAAAAUUAAUAUACAUUUUACUCAACAUAUUGUCAAAGGUUGAGCUGUGACAAAACUA